AUGAAGCGGCAGAACGUGCGCACCUUGGCGCUCAUCCUCUGCACCUUCACCUACCUGCUGGUGGGAGCCGCCGUCUUCGACGCGCUCGAGUCCGAGGCGGAGACGGCGGAGAAGCGGCGGCUGGAGGCCAAGAGCCGGGAGCUGAAGAGCAAAUACAACCUGAGCGCCGAGAGCUUCCGAGAGCUCGAGCGGGUCGUGCUCAAGCUCAAGCCGCACAAGGCCGGCGUCCAGUGGAAAUUCGCCGGCUCCUUCUACUUCGCCAUCACCGUCAUCACCACGAUAGGCUACGGUCACGCUGCUCCCAGCACGGACGGCGGGAAGGUUUUCUGCAUGCUGUACGCGCUGCUGGGGAUCCCGCUGACGCUGGUGAUGUUCCAGAGCCUGGGCGAGCGCAUCAACACGCUGGUGCGGGCGCUGCUGCGCCGCCUCAAGCGCCGCCUGGGCAUGCGGCGCCCCGAGGUCUCCAUGGCCAACAUGGUCAGCAUCGGCCUGGUGUCCUGCGUGGGGACGCUCUGCAUCGGGGCCGCCGCCUUCUCGCACUACGAGAACUGGAGCUUCUUCCAGGCCUACUACUACUGCUUCAUCACGCUGACCACCAUCGGCUUCGGCGACUACGUGGCGCUGCAGAAGGACCAGGCCCUGCAGACGCAGCCCCAGUACGUGGCCUUCAGCUUCGUCUACAUCCUGGCGGGGCUGACGGUCAUCGGCGCCUUCCUCAACCUCGUGGUGCUGCGCUUCAUGACCAUGAACGCCGAGGACGAGCGGCGCGACGCCGAGCAGCGAGCGCUCCUGGGCCACGCGGUGCCCGGCCCCGCCGCCGCGCCCCCGGCAGAGAGAAGGUUCCGGAACGUUUACGCCGAGGUGCUGCACUUCCAGUCGGUUUGCUCGUGCCUGUGGUACAAGAGCCAGGAGAAGCUGCAGUAUUCCAUCCCCAUGAUUAUUCCCAGGGAUUUGUCGGGGUCGGAGACGGCGGUGGCGCGCUCUUCGCCCGCUCGUUGCGUGGAGACUCCGGAGCAUCGCUGCUUCUGCCGCUCCCGGCGCUCCGCCAUCAGCUCCGUGUCCACCGGGCUGCAGAGCCUGGCGGCGUUCCCGGGACUCGCCAAGCGCCGCAGCUCCGUGUAGCCCCUUCCUCAUCCUCAGCCCAGCCCGGAUCCCUCCGGAGCGGGACCAGGCCGCCUCAGGCUCCGGGACCCGGCCGGAGCGGGACCCCUUGGCUCCGGAAUGGAUUU